AUGAAUCUUAGACGUGACCUCCGAUUUGAUCCGUUCUCGGAGGAGGCGAGACAGCUCGAUAAGCAAGGUCCUCCUUUGCCGGACAUUGACUGGUCUGAUCCGCAUGCGUUCCUCACCGCAAUGGGGGGUCCCAUGCCUGAGCUUCCCUCACCUGAUAAGGUUCGGCAACAGGCUGCAGGGUAUUCAUCCAAAAUAUUCACGAGCUAUGACUUGCUGAAGGGUAUCCUUGAGCGACAUGAGGCUACCAUCCAGAAACGUUGGACCAAAAAGACUCGUCAGCAGAGACUUCAGAUUCUUCUCAAAGCAUGGCCGGCCAUGCCAGCCUCCCACCGCCCGGACUUUGAGGCCUUUCGCAAAGAACCCAAGGAGGAGCGAGAGAAGGGAACCAAGUUCAGGGAUCAUUUUAUGUGGCCUAAUAUCAACCAGGAAGAUCUGUCUCAGUCUAAGCUCAUGCUUCUGUUGAUAAACGCCAGAGGCCGUAGACCACCUCCAGCGUUUGCGGCAGCUGACAACGACGCGAUGCACCUAGGCAAGGUCACAAAAGCCCUUAUUCCCGUAUUUCUCAAUGAACACACAAUGAUACUGCAUGGGGCCACGAGGGCUGAGGAGUAUGGAAAGCUUCUUGAUUGGGAUUCUCAUCCAGACGCCUUUGAUUGGAUGCAUACCCGCAAGCAGUUCCUCCCAGGCGAGGGCCUUCUCAUCCUUGAAGCACAGGCCCGCUUAAUGUCGUUCUUGAUUGAUUGUUGUCGUCAAAUUCUCCACGAGAUCCCUGAGGAGAAUAUUACCAGCGAUGUCUAUCCGGUUCAACCUGAGCCUCAGCUGAAGACGGAUAACGAUGCCUCUGGAUUUCCCUCAUUGGCAGUCAUGGCUACCGAAGCUCCUUAUCGAUUACCAGCAAAGCUCGACCUCGAUCAACUCAGCUCUCUCCUCGAGGCGAGGAAGCUAACAGCGGAGGAUCACGUCUGGUCACUUCGUGAAGAUCCUGCUUACUUUGCCGACCAAUUCCGCGAGAUCCAAGAUCACCGACAGGAAAUGAUACCUGAUACUCAGGGAAAGCCUCAUCCGGCGACCCAAAAGCUGCGCGAGACCACUCUUUGGGCCCGUGUUACUUUUGGAAUGCUAAUGGAUGCUUACGCAAGUCUCGAGACUCUUACUGCGCUUCAUCGACAAGCUCAAAAUCUCGGCCAUCUGCAGAAAAAGUUCGAAAAGAAGAUUCAAGCCACGAAUGAGUUGCCUGAGGAGUACAUGGUUGCCUUGCUUCGGUUCAAGUAUUACCUGGAACAGGCGUCUAAAGCGCCUUUGGAGAAGCUGAGAAUCUCCGUGGUAGCCUCGCCGCCGAUGCGGAAGUUCUUUGUUCGCGAACCGCCUGCUGAUCCUAACAGUACGAAGAUCUUGAUAAGAACCCGCACUGGUGUCAACAUGGACAAGGCUGAGACUGAGUUGAUAUGGCUUCUGCGAACAUUGUGGGAGGAUGACUAUGCUCUGUUUCUCGCGCGCCCGCCUAUCGUAGUAGACGAACUGGAGCGUCUGUUACAAGCUGAGCCCAAGGCUGAUGCGCUUAUAUCUGCCCAUGUGGCCAAGAUGAUCGGCGAGUUGGCUAUUCUGACGCAGUGCCAGAAGCAACUUGAACUCUAUCAGCCAUGGGCCCAACAGUUCGACGUGGCUUCCGCGGACCAUGUAGAUGGUUUCAAGGAGGAGUUCACUGCCCUGCAGAAGCCUAUGACGCAGCUCCAUGGCGCAUUCUUACAAAAGCACUUGGACAGCGCUGCUAGAGUGGGAGAGCCGUCUGGCGGAAAGUUUACCUACCCGUACGGUAAGCGACGUACCAAAGAGACGGUGGACGCCCUGCGACAGGCUGAGGCGAAUCUUGACAUGUUCUGGGCCAAGGUGGACGAUGUAACCAAAGCCAGAGUUAUGGAUUUUAAAGGCACAGCGUUAUAUCGCCUUCUCUCGCAGCCGCGUAUAUUGAGACGAACUGCGCAGUGGGUAGAGCCUGCAAAGAAAAGUGAGAGAGUUGAGCCUAGCUUGGAGAAGGACAUCUGGGCUCUCAAUCAGCCCAUGUCGAAUUUGUUCCUGGGCCAGUCCGAGAAAAUGGGGCAAGACCCUACUUCUCGAAGCGUCCAGUCCAAGACCAAAGUCAAAACUAAGGGUAAAGCAUCUCAAGUCUCCAGCGACGCUGUCGACGCUCAACUAGUCAACGCCACGAAUAUUGAGACCGUCGAUAAUCAGCCAACCUUCGCUGUUGAUGCGCGGGUACUAAAGGUGUUCCGCACACUCUUCUUCAACCCUGAAGUAACCUCAACACCGGGUUCCAUUGCGUGGCAUGACUUUCUCUAUUCCAUGGCGUCUACAGGCUUUCGGAUUGAGAAGCUCUAUGGUUCCGUUUGGCAGUUUUCCCCUACUAGCUUGGAUGUAGAGCGGGGCAUUCACUUCCAUGAGCCUCAUCCCAAGGGUAAGAUCCCUUUUGAGGUUGCUAGACGCCAUGGACGAAGACUGACGCGGGCUUAUGGGUGGCAUGGUAGUAUGUUUGUGUUGAAAGAGAAGGAGUGA